AUGGCAGUCUCACCUGUACUCACUCGGUCCCCUUCAGUGGCAACGCCCUCGUCCAGUGCCGCGAUCAAACCGGUCAGGGUAUCUUUUCAGGCCUCACGUAAUGCGCAGGAAAGCCUACAGGUGCCUGAAACUUCUCAAACAGAUGCAAACCGAGAACUCACGGAACAAUUGAACGAUGAUGUUCGACAUAAGUACAUCAAAGAAAAAAAGCUAGGUGAGGGUACCUAUGCAGUAGUGUAUCUCGGCCGGCUUCGCGCCGAUCCGUCGUCAUGUGUGGCUAUAAAAAAGAUCAAGGUCAAUGCUGAAUACAAGGACGGACUCUCCAUGGAUGCCAUCCGAGAAGUAAAAUACCUCCAAGAACUAUCGCACCCGAACGUCAUCGCCCUACACGAUGUGUUCUCCUCCAAGGAUCAAAACCUCAAUUUGGUGUUAGAAUUUCUACCUCUGGGCGACCUGGAAAUGCUCAUCAAAGAUGGAAAUAUACACUACGGUGCUGCUGAUAUCAAAGCCUGGAUGGGAAUGCUUGCCAGGGGCGUUUGGUUCUGCCACGAAAAUUUCAUCCUGCAUCGCGAUAUCAAACCAAACAAUUUGCUUAUUGCGUCGGAUGGCGACGUUAAGCUGGCAGAUUUUGGCUUGGCCAGAUCGUUUGCUGACCCCUACUUGAACAUGACACAUCAAGUUAUCACACGCUGGUAUCGACCCCCGGAGCUGUUGUAUGGCGCCCGGCAAUACUCGGGUGUCGUGGAUGUUUGGUCCAUGGGGAUGGUGUUUGCAGAACUCCUCUUGCGCGUCCCAUUUGUCGCCGGCAACUCCGAUCUUGAUCAAAUCUCCAAGAUAUGCGAUGCGUUUGGCACACCGUCCGAAGACAAUUGGCCUGGGGCGCGAGACCAAGAGGGGUCCCCCUCCCAAAGUCGGAACUCGUCUGCACAAGGAUCCUAUUCCACUAGUGCAACCACAUUCGAUGACGUGGAUGAUGCAACGGGUCACUCGAAACCCGGUUCCAAGUCUAAGGAAGCAAAGGGCAAUGUGAUCGUGAGCGUCCGUGUUAGGCCUGAACCGGGCGGGGCUGAAACCCCCAAGGCUAAUGGCGACUGGAUGGUGGAUGGACGACGGGGUCUCAUCUCUGGCGGGGGCAAAGAGGGUGGUGAUUAUACCUAUGAUAAUGUUUUCUCGACACAGGAGCAUAACGCAAAGGUUUACGAUUCCGCUGCAAAGCGCCUUGUACGACGAGUUAUGGAAGGAUACCAUGGGACGGUCUUCGCCUACGGAAUGACCGGUACUGGUAAAACCUUUUCGAUGCAAGGGACGGCAACAUCGCCUGGCGUUAUACCGUUGGCAAUCACAGACAUAUUCUCUUUCAUUCGCGAAACGCCACAUCGAGAGUUUCUCCUUCGCGUCAGCUAUCUGGAAAUCUACAACGAAAAGAUCCACGACUUGCUUUCUCUUUCCAGCGGAGGAGCCACCACCCAGCAAGAGGAAAUCAAACUACGCGAGGACAGCAAAAGGGGAGUGUAUGCGACACCUUUGCGGGAAGAAAUCGUCCAGAGUCCGACACAACUUCUUCGAGUCAUUGCAAGGGGUGACCACGCCCGAAGGACAGGCAGUACACAGUUCAAUGCUCGCAGUUCUCGAAGUCACGCAGUCGUCCAAAUUGUCGUGGAAAGCAGGGAGCGAGCUCCUGCGGGAGGUGCUCAUGACAGACGGUCAGGCAUAGCCCCUGGCGGAGUGCGUGUGUCGACGCUUAGCCUGAUUGACUUGGCUGGCUCUGAACGCGCCGCAGACGAUAAAGAACGGCGUACGGAAGGUGCACAUAUCAACAAGAGUUUGCUCACUCUAGGUACAAUCAUAUCAAGACUGUCGGAGACCAAAGAAAAAUCUGGUGAUGGUGAUGGCAGGCACUUACCAUUCCGAGACAGCAAACUGACACGACUUCUCCAGCCUGCGUUGUCUGGAAACUCGCUUGUCAGUAUACUGUGUACCAUUCAACUGGGCGGGGCCACCAAUUCCCAUUCCAGUGAAACUAUGAACACCUUGAAAUUUGCCUCUCGCGCCAAGAAUAGCAUUGUCAGUCAUGCUAAACGAGCAGAAGAGGCUUUCGGGGGUGGCGGCGGAGAUGCAGGGAGUCGAGUUCUCUUGGAACGCUAUCGGAUGGAGAUCCAAGCUCUUCGCGGCCAACUCGAGAAUCAGACAAAAGAACAGGCCGAAAAUACUAUGAAAAUAGAAGAAGAACAGUUUGAAAAGGAAACCCAGGCUCGCCACGAGGAACAAAUGCUGGAGAUGCAGUUGGCUCGGACAGCAUUGAAGGAACGAAUCGAACACCUCAACCGUCUGAUCCUCUGUUCCAAGUCAACCGGCGUGAAUAGCCAUGGAAGCAUGUCCGUCCUUGGCCGGUUCUCGCGAUUGUCUGCAACGGAUCUCGGAUCUCGGUCUUUGCGCUCUUCGGCCAGUCAGUCAACCUUAGCGGCGUAUGGACACACGCUUAGUCGACCUGUUUCUUUUCUCUCUGCGCAUAGCAACGAACCAUCCGGCACUUUGCCUGGCUCGUUCAGCAAUGAAGACGAAGACGACGUGAUGGGUGAGUUCGCGGAUGGCAAUGCCAGCGCCCAAGCACAGAUCACGGCCCUCCAGGCUGAUCUUACCGACAAAAACCGAUAUAUCUCCACAUUGGAAAGGCGCUUGCUGCAAGCAAGGCGUUCCAGCCAAUCCCGGAUGUCAGUGGGAGCAAAGUCUGGAACUAGCGUCUCGGAGAGCCCCGAUGCUACGGCUCUGCUUCGUGAGAAAGACAUGGAAAUAAAUGAACUUCGCCAGCAACUUGAUGAUAAAGACCGAAUGCUCGCCGCAUUCCGUUCAGCCGCCCGACAUCGAGAUCUGGCACACAUCACCACGGACACUCGUCCUCUGAGUACCAAUGACAAGCCAGAUAUCAAUAUAGGCGGCCAACCUCUAAAGGCUGACUCCGAUGGCGACCUUGCGUCCAAAGGAGGGGAAGCAGAGGAGAAGCGAAGGAGAAGCAUGGACGAUGUAUCACGGAUCUUGGACGAAAUGAUCCAUGACCGCGUUAAGAGCGGACAUCUAGUGAAGGGCGCUCGUGGGAGUGUACGCAUUCCUACAGAAAGCCGACGCGCGUCCGAAUCCAUGAUGAACACGGAGACGGAGACGGACCAGACAUCGGCAUAA